CCACAUUAUAUUCGGUUCGGUAUGGUCUGAUCCAAACUUCAAUUUGUUUCAAUGCGGUUCGAACAUAUCAAUUCAUUGCACACCCCUAGGACUAUCAUGUCAUCAUUCCAAACUUCAAUGAUAAUUCGAGAAGAACAAAAUCUGUUAGUAAGUAGUAACUAAACGUUUAGGGACUAAUUCAGUAAUUGGUCCUUCCCUUCUAGUCUCUCUAGAGUCUAGUCAUAUGGUCAAAUAUUAUUGAUGCCUAUACCCCAAUCCGGAACCCUCCUCGUCAUUCCCUUUCCCCCCAUGUGAAACUGAACUCCCACAUAAAUAAAUUCGCGGCAAGCAAACAAAACCAGACAAGAAACGAGAGGAAAGAAGAGACUGACCAACUAUUAAAAGUCGGCGGCUACAGUCCUGUGACUCCAUAGUCAAUUAUCUCCUACCGCCCCCUGCCCUACCCUCUCCCUCUCCCUCUCCCUCUCCCUCCCGUCCAUAUUUAUUCCCCCACAAAUGAUCCCAAUUCCCAGAUUGCAGAGUUCGCCAUAUUUCACAAUCAUUCAUUCAUCCAUUUCCCUAGUUUCCCACUAGAACCCAGAAAGCAGGAAACAUAAUUUCAGAGCUAUUAUUAUGUCGAGAAUGGAAGUGAUCAUACCUUCAUCACCAGGCAGAGGGAUGGCAGGAUUCGACUUCAACGACGCCAGGCCGCUGCCUUUCCUGAGCGCGCCGGCUUCCCCGCGGCGGUUCGGCGACCUCACCCUCAGCGCCCCGACGAGCCCGGGCCGGGUGGCGGAGUUCUACCGGAGCUUCGAGAAUUUCUCAGAGUACGACGGCGGCGGCGUCCCUUUCCACUGGGAAGAGAAACCAGGGACGCCGAAAUCGCCCCCCAAGAAGCUGCCUUCCUUCAAGGACGAGGAUUUCGCAUUCGAUUUCAGCGCCGAUCUGGAGGAGUCCUCUCUUACUGCUGCCGACGAGCUGUUUGACGGUGGCAAGAUCAGGCCUUUGAAGCUCCCGCCGAGGUUGCUGCAGGUGGAGGAGAUCAAAAGCCCGCUGAUUCAUUCCCCCAGGUCGCCUAUUGAGCAAGGGAAGCGGAUCAUAAAGGGCGCCUUCGCCUUCUCCCCCAGGAGGAAGAAAGCUCAAGCUGCUGCUGCGCCAAUGGAGUUUGUUGAUUCGAGUAAUGAAAGGGGGAGAGGGAGGAAUCUUACCUCGAGUUCGAGCCGGAGAGGGGCCACAAGAUCCUUGUCCCCUUACAGGGUUUCGCAGUAUCCAUGGGAAGAAGAGGAGAGGCAAUUUCAACAAUUACAGCAACAAAAACAGCCAGAGCCAGAGCACAAUCUGCAGCAAACUGCGGCUGUUUCUUCUUCUGCUGUUGCUGCAACUGGAAAGAGUUCGUCGAGGAAGUGGAGACUGCGCGACCUGCUGCUGUUCAGAAGCGCGUCGGAAGGGCGAGCUGCGGAUAGAGAUCCUUACAGAAAGCAUGCGGCUUUCGGGGGGUUGUUCAGGAGGCACGACGAUGUGAAGAGCUGCAGCAUCAGGUCGACGGACAGCAACGGUUCGAAUGGUGGGUCGUUGAGGAGGAAAGGACCCGUUUCGGCUCACGAGCUGCAUUACACCAAGAACAAAGCAGCGUCGGAGGACAUGAGGAAGAGGACUUUCUUGCCUUACAAACAGGGGAUUCUCGGGAUGAGAUUGUCCUUCACUACUCCUUCCCCUGCUCGAUAAAAAAAAAAAAAAAAAGAUGAUACUACAAAUAUAUAUAAAUAUAUAUAUACACAAUCUUUGAUUCAUCAAAGUGAAGAGCCUUCAUUUGUUCUAUCUUCCCCAGUUGUCUAUAUACACUGUUCUUCCUGUUCUGUCAAGAGCAAAGCACAGAGGAAAAGAAAACCAGAUAGUACAGCCUAAUCAAUGGUGUUCUUGAGCAACCAUAUCAUUUCCCCUUUUUUUUUUCCUUCUGUUUCGGAUCAUCUUGUAAUAAUACUGUAAAAGGACGGUAAAUAUUCCUAUAUCCCUGCAGUUACAGCGGAUCAUCUGGUUACUUCAUUAGUGUAAUCAGAGAGCCCAAGAGUCAUUUCAGUAUCAGUGAAAUUGUUUUACCGCGGUAAAUAUUAUUACUGUUACUCCACAGCCAUGGGAACACAGUAUGGGGCACACCAAGAAAAUUCAAAGGAGAAUAUGAGAAAGUUACAAGAAGCUGUCAUAGUUGAAUUAAACUAUGGGUACCAACUGAACUAACAACCAAACCCCAUGCAUAUCCUACCAACCCAAUAAACAACAGUUGUCUGU